AUGUUCAAUUUCUCUGCCAUGCGUCUCUCCCUCUGCUCGAUAAUGAGCAAGCCUCCCAAGGUGUCACACCAGGUCGGGGAUGUUGUUCGCUUUUGGUUUGCCGACGCGACAACCGCAACAGAACGGGAGAAGCGACUGUCACCACACGUUGGGCCGCAUAAGGCGGUGAUCUCCCACAUAGACCGCAAGGAGGGUGAGGCUUGGCUUCACUUCGUCUCGAACAACCAGCGCCAUAGCCCGCCGAAACAACCUGCUUGGUGGUAUCAGUUCAAAUCGGGAUUCAUCAAUCUUAAGCCAUACACCGUUCCUUUAACCGACCUCGAACCUACUACGUACAGCAAUGUCAGGACACUCCUCGCGAAACAAAUUGUACGACAUUCUGAUGCUUACGAAUUGUCAGGGUGUUCUCUUCAGUGGGAGAUUGGGGUUACCAAGCCCAGCGCAACCUCAACAUCUGCAAGAAAGGCGGCGGCGCCGGUCAAGGGGGACACGGGGGUGGAGGAGGUGAAGAGCGGGAAGGCAAAGGCAAAGGCAAAGGCAAAGGCAAAGGCAAAGGUGAAGGCGAAGGCGAAGGCUAAGGCGAAGGCUCCAGCAAAGGCUAAGGCGAAGGCUCCAGCAAAGGCUAAGGCGAAGGCUCCAGCAAAGGCUAAGGCGAAGGCUACAGCAAAGGCUACAGCAAAGGCUCCAGCAAAGGCUCCAGCGAAAGCUAAGGGGGAAAAGGCGAAGGGGGCAGGGGCGGGGGCGAAGGGGGCGUAG